AUGGUAAACACUAUUAUAAUCACUACUCUCCUAUUAACCUUAACAAUCCUUAUUUGGCCCCUUAUCAUAACACUCAACCCACAACCUCUAAAACAAGACUGAGCCCUUAAAUAUGUCAAAACAGCAGUAUGCACCGCAUUCUUCAUUAACAUUAUCCCCUUACUCAUUUUUUUAGACCAGGGAACAGAAACUAUUAUUACUACAUGAAACUGAAUAAAUAUCUCAAGUUUCGACAUUAAUAUUAGCUUUAAAUUCGACCACUACUCACUAAUUUUCACCCCAGUAGCCCUAUACGUCACAUGAUCAAUUCUAGAAUUUGCAUCAUGAUAUAUACAUUCCGACCCUUACCUAAAUCGAUUCUUUAAGUACUUACUACUAUUCCUAGUAGCAAUAAUCACCUUAGUUACUGCCAAUAACAUAUUCCAACUGUUCAUCGGCUGAGAAGGAGUAGGAAUUAUAUCUUUCCUACUGAUUGGUUGAUGGCACGGCCGGGCCGACGCCAAUACAGCAGCCCUACAAGCAGUUAUCUAUAACCGAGUCGGAGAUGUAGGUCUAAUUCUAGCCAUAGCCUGAAUCGCAAUAAACUUUAACUCCUGAGAAAUCCCACAGAUCUUUCUUUUAUCCAAAAACUUCAAUAUAACCCUGCCAUUGAUAGGAAUUAUCCUAGCCGCUACUGGAAAAUCUGCACAAUUCGGCCUACAUCCCUGAUUACCCUCCGCCAUAGAAGGCCCAACCCCAGUUUCAGCCCUACUACACUCAAGCACUAUAGUAGUUGCAGGUAUUUUCCUAUUAAUUCGACUCCAUCCUUUAAUAGAAAAUAAUCAACUAGCACUAACUACCUGCCUAUGCCUAGGCGCCCUAACAACUUUAUUCACCGCCACCUGUGCCCUCACCCAAAACGACAUCAAAAAAAUUGUAGCAUUCUCAACAUCCAGUCAACUAGGCCUAAUAAUAGUUACCAUUGGACUUAAUCAGCCCCAACUAGCCUUUCUACACAUCUGUACUCACGCCUUCUUCAAGGCCAUACUCUUCCUGUGUUCAGGAUCCAUUAUUCACAGCCUAAAUGACGAACAAGACAUCCGAAAAAUAGGAGGCCUACACAAACUCAUGCCAUUUACUUCCUCUUGUCUCAUUAUUGGAAGCCUCGCCCUCACAGGAAUGCCUUUCUUAGCAGGAUUCUUCUCAAAAGAUGCAAUCAUUGAAGCCCUCAACACCUCCCACUUAAACGCCUGAGCCCUAGCUCUAACACUAAUUGCCACAUCCUUCACAGCAGUCUAUAGCUUACGAGUCAUUUUCUUUGUAACUAUAGGCUCCCCUCGAUUCACAACUCUACCCCCAAUUAAUGAAAAUCACCAAACACUAACUGCACCAAUCGAACGCCUAGCCUGAGGAAGCAUCAUUGCAGGCCUAAUCCUCACCCUAAACUUCCUGCCAUCAAAAACCCCCACCAUAACAAUACCACCCUCUCUUAAAUUAGCCGCAUUACUAGUUACAGUCACAGGUCUUAUUAUUGCACUGGCCUUAGCCACAGCAACUACCAAACAAAUCAAAACCUCUCCCUCACUAUUACUACACAACUUCUCCAACAUAUUAGGAUUCUUCCCUCCUAUUAUCCACCGAAUCAUACCCAAGCUAAACCUUUUACUUGGUAAACAAGCAACUAAAUUCGACCGACAAUGGCUAGAAAUCGGACCAAAAGGCCUACACCCCACACACCACUAUAUCUCCACACUCUUUGAUAAAACUAAUACCAACAUUAUCAAAGUCUAUUUAACCUCCUAUUUAAUCUCAAUCGCCCUAGCCAUCGCCCUCCUAUCCAUAUCUUAAACUGCUCGAAGCGCCCCUCGACUUAGACCACGCGUUAGCUCCAACACUACAAAAAGACAUAGUAACAAAACCCACGCACAAACAACUAACAUUCCACCCCCAACAGAAUAUAUUAAAGAAACUCCACCUACAUCCCCCCGUACCAUAAAAAAUUCUUUAAACUCAUCUACAACAACUCAGCCCCCAUAACCACUUCAAAAUCACCACCCUACCAUCCCCACCCCAAAUAUAUACAUUAAUACAUAAGCUUUUACCGAACCCGCUCCCCAUGUUUCAGGAAAAGGCUCAGAAGCUAAAGCCGCUGAAUAAGCAAAUACUACCAACAUACCCCCCAGAUAAAUUAAAAAUAGCAUUAAACCAAUUAA